AAGUCAAUGAGGCGUCAAACGUUUUCUAUUAUUAAUUUGAGUGUUUUUCAGUGAGUUAUAAAGACUAUGACAACAUCUUCAAGGGGAAAAUGUCAACAAUAAUCAGUUCAUAAUAUACUGAACAUUUGCAACAUGCCAGACUUGACGGGAAGGAGGAAGCGUGAGUCAGACAGAGAUGAGGUGUAUAAUGAAGGUACAACGUGUAGUGGAGCGAGGAGUGUGGUGUGUCGUGGUUACAGCCGCUGUGUUGAUGGUUGUUACAGUGGCUGCACCUCACCAAGAUACCAAGACUCAAAAUGUCAAGAAGUCUUUCCCAGCUCAGCUUGGAGGAUUGGAUGAAGAAGUGCGUCAGCUGCUUGACCUGAAAGGCUACACCGGCCACCGUGACCUUGAUCUCUUCAAGGGUCAGGUCAAGGAGCAGCAGCGAGUAGGAGCUGACGGUGGUGCUAAGGUCAAGGAUCAUCAAGGUGUGGGUGGACAGAUGUCUCUAGUCAAGUCACACAAAGAAACACUCACACUUAAGGACGGCGUCAAGGACCAGCACUCACACUCAGACCAACGAGUAACUACAAACGGCGAGUUAUUAAGUCACACAGCCAGUGAUCUCGAUCGCCACCAGGAGCAAGGUCAGCCUCAACACACCCGUCAGAAGAUCCAACUGGACAUCCCUUCAGAGGACAUCCACGACACCAUAGUUGACGAGGACGGGCGUAGGACACUUCUUCAUGGUGAUCAGAAGGGUCCCCGUGUACGCUACACCCCCCUGGACCUUGCGGUGUAUGUGUACAAGACUGGAGAUGAAGAGGGAGUCACGCUUGCUAUCCAGGAGCUGAUUGCUGAAGGCUUGAUGACGGCCGAGGAAGCGCUUAGUUACCUUCACGAUAUCCGUAACCAUCUGCGGUAUCUGAACCAACAAGAUGACGAGGAUGAGAAGGUAUCACAAAACGACUUCAAGUCAAUGAUUAAGAAGAACUCUCUACCCCUGCCACUCACGGAGAUGAACGUGGGAGGUGACCCUGAAGGCAUGAUGACCCCUGACCUGGACUACGAGAACUUGUUAGAGAAGCUACGAGGUCAAGACUAUGCCUACACCGAGUAUUCUCUGGAGGAGGUCAUAUAUCAGCUAGCCAAGAUCCUGUUCAAGCAGGCUAUGCACCGAGAAGGCGACAUUGGCUCUGAGAAAACGAUGCAGGAGGUGGCCGCCCUACUGGAGAAGGAAGCAGCCAGGGGUGUUAUCACGCCAGAGGUGGAGAAGAAGGUGUUGGACGUCAUGGUGAAUUCAUUGGUCGACAGCAUCAGCGAGAACGAAUUCCAAGUGGCUCCUGGCCCUAUGAUUGGUGGAUCCAACUUCAAGGUAGCCAAUGAGAGCCCCUUUCCCCUGGGGAACUCGCCUAUGAUUGGUGGAUCCAACUUCAAGGUAUCCAAUGAGAGCCCCUUUUCCCUUGGGAGCUCAUCUCUGAUUGGUGGAUCAGACUUCAAACCCACCAAUGAACUGUUUCAGCUCUCAAAGGCAACAGCGAAGAGAGAAGUGACGGAGGAUGAUAAAGAAGAGAAGAAGAAGGUAGAAGACAAGAAAGAUUAAGGAAGAGAGGAAGAAGGAGGAGGAGGAGGCAGGAGAGGAAAAGAUGAUUGAAGAAAAGAGAAGAAAAGGGAGGGGAGAAAAGAGGAUGGUAGAUGGAGAGAUGGCAUAAAGAAGAGAGGAAGAAGGAGGAAGAGGAGAGGAGAAUAAGGAGGAGGAGGUAAGGAAAAGGAGAGGAACGGGAGAGCAGAAAGAGGAGGAGGAAAGGUAAAAACAGAUAGAACGAAAGAGUAAAUAGCAGAGGGAUAAAGAAUAAAGAGGAAGUUGAUGAAGAAGAAAUAGAAAUAAUGAUUGGUUAACUUUUAAGGGAUUAGUUAAUUUCUUUCAUUCCUAAAAUACUUAAAAUUAUAUACCUUAAAUUAUACUUUUCUUUACUUUUUUUGACAUAACACCCCCAAAAAAUUACUAUCAACCUUUUACAGUAAUUAGGUCAAACUUUUAAUACUUUAGGGAUGGUCGUAAUUAUGUUUUUCACCUUAAAUACUUAGAAAGAUAAUAUAAAACAUAAUAUAUUUAAUUAAUUAAUUUUGGGGUUAUAUGCCGUACCUAGAUUUCCUUUUUAGGUUAAUUUAUGAAAGGAUUAUUUCCAAUUACUAUACUGUAUUAAUUCUUAAGGUAACGUACGUGAUUGGAUAAUUCACCGAUUGUUUUUAAAGUAAUUUGUUUCCUUGUCUCUGAUUGGCUGAUCUUAGGCAUGGAAGCUGUUUUGAAUCAUAGUUGAUUUCAGCCAAUCAGAAAGCCCCUAAGCACGUCCUCACACUGGAGGGAGGACUUCUCAUUGGCUGGUGCAUAAGAGAGCUAAUCUAAUUGGCUGACGAGUUAAGAUAUGUAAAAAAGAAUAUAUUCAUUAGAUAUGUAUACAGUAUUGUAAUUUGACUAUUUUAUUUGGGUACUUUAGUAUAACACAGUGUAUACCAAUUUGUAUAUACCUUAAUUACUCAACCAGGUGAUUAAAGUUUAUACCAAGGCCUAGAUAUCUAUAAAAGCAAUUAGACACUUUUUUUAAUUAACGAAGAAGUAUAUUUGCGAAAGUAAGAGAGAUAUCCAAGUAUAUUUCCCAUUGUAUAAGGCAUAAUAGAUUAGACAGGUGAAUGAAAGGGUGACAGAAGCGUGGGAGUGAUAGACAGGUAAGCCAAUUAACACCUUUACCUAUAACCAUUGAACUCAUUAGCAUAAUCAAGGUAUAUUUAGAUAAUACGCAUUAACACCAGUAUCUCCUCUUACUUUUGGUUGUUAUAUGCAAGAAGGAAUUAAGUCUAUAUAUAUAUAUAUACACAUAUCUACACAAGGUUGGUAUAUCUCAAAAUAACAUAUAUACUUCACAUAUACAUUUUAUAAACUUUAAUACAAAGAGUAACUAUCACAUUUACUGUGCAAUUCAUAUUUAAGAUUUAUUAUUCAAUAUAUUCAUGUUAUAUAUUAUCUCCCGAUGUGUCUAGGAGAGAUAUACGUCAUCAUUAUCUCUCCGUCUCUUGUCUCUCGUUUAUAAAGAGAAUGAGGAGGUUAUCUAGUCAAGUCUCUCAUUGUAUUAUCUCUUAAAGGUGUUUCCUGGGUGACCUCGUUGACCCCAGACCUCUAUUUUCUCAUAAUAAAUAAUUGACAAUU